GCUAUGAGACGGUCCAGGGCUCUGCGAAGUCUCCAAAAGGUGAUAUGGUCUAUUUUGAGACAAUACAGGGACUUAAAACCGUUGGUGCUAAGACGUGGUACAGUUUUAGUGCCUAUGGUGAUCACUAUCUCAUAUUAGCAAGUAAUAGCAGUGGAAAUAAGGGGGGUUACUCUGGGUCAUCUUUGUACCGUUGGCAAGGCGUUUUUACAAAAGUACAGUCAAUCACCACCGACGGAGCAGUCAACUGGGACUCAGUCGUUAUCAAUGACACCACCUACAUUGCCGUUGCAAACUACGGAGAAGACGGUCGAACCGAGACAAACUCGAACGUUUAUCGAUUGGAUAGAAAUGGUCACGUGGUUUCCAUUCAGAACAUAUCCACGAAAGGUGCUUCGGACGUGAAGUUUUUCAAAGAUGGAGGACAAACAUAUCUCGUCUUUGCAAACAGCAAGAGCAAUAACCAGGAAACCGUUCUCAAUUCGAAGGUUUAUCGAUGGCAGUCUGGGAGAUUUGUCGACCAAAACGCAGACUUUGAGACUCGUGCCGCAUCAGGCCUAGCUGUAUUCUCCAUUAAUGGCGACAAGCUGUUAGCCGUGUCCUCCUUUCACAACAAAGUCUCAAAUUCGUUCCAAACAAACUCACCCAUUUUGAAAUGGCAAAGCGGCUCCUUUAAGUCUUAUAAGGAAGUUUCUACAAAUGGACCAAUCGGAGUUCAGUAUUUUGAAAAUGGUGGAGAACACUACUUAGUGUUUGGUAAUGCUAAAGGCCCUGCGACUGUUCACAAAUGGAAGACUGAUAAAUUCGAACUGGUUCAGAGUCUUCCUACGUCAAGUCUUAAGUCUGUGUAUGCUUACAAUUUCGACAGUAAAGCUCAACUCUGUACAGUGGAUAAUGGUGAUGAAGUUAAAAUCUACACUUGGGAUAACAAUUUUCAGCUGCAGAUG